AUGAAGACCUUUGCUCUUACUUUCGCCAUUUCCUGCCCUGGUGUUCAUGUCUUUGGAGCCCGGGAGACGACAGCCUCAGCUGGGUUUGGUUCAUCUGCCACCGUUGUCGACAUGGUGACCCAGGCCUACUCGGGUUCCACCUCUGUGGCCAUCGACUAUCCGGCCUGCGGAGGCCAGUCGUCCUGCGGCGGUGUCAGCUACGCCGACUCGGCGAAGGAGGGUGUCGAGGCCGUCACCACCGCCGUCAACGACUUUGCCGAGGAGUGCCCAGACUCGCAAAUCGUGCUGGUUGGGUAUUCACAGGGCGGACAGAUCAUGGACGAUGCGCUGUGUGGAGGCGGCGACACUGCCGAGGGCAUCACCAGCACCGCGGUGCCGUUGUCCGCGGCGGCUGUCAGUCAGAUCAAGGCGGCUAUCUUCAUGGGCGACCCUCGUUUCGUGAGCGGUCUUUCUUAUGAGGUUGGGACAUGCGAGGCGGGCGGAUUUGAUGCUCGGACCGCUGGUUUUACCUGCCCGAGCGCGGCCAAGAUCCAGUCAUACUGCGACUCCUCGGACCCUUACUGCUGCAACGGUGAUGAUGCCGCCACACACGAAGGCUAUGGCUCGGAGUAUGGACAGCAAGCCUUCGCGUUCAUCCAGAGCAAGCUGAACUCGUCGUCUACAUGA